GAUGGAGGUGGAGAUGGAGGUAGAGGUGGAGAGCUGCUGGCAGCGUCUGUUCAGACUGCUCCUCCUGCUCUGCUGCUUGACUCUGCACAGCUCGGCCAUCGAGACCGUGAACGUGGUGGACUUCUGUGGCCAGAUGAUCCGGGGGGACGGCAUGAUCGUCAACUCGCACCAGGAAUCCAAGAAGUACUACUUUGUGACCAUGGGGACAGACUGCCACCUCACCAUGCAGGCCAGCUCUCCUAAAGACAAAGUCCAGUUCCAUUUCCGUUUCUUCCUGGUCUACAGUUUGCUGCGAGUGGCCCCUCUGAGCCCAGCCCCUCUCUUCCCAGAGUCCCCACGUGACCCCGCCCCCCUCAACCCGAGGCUGGAGCCCACCUCUGGUGAAAGCCCGGGGGAUCCGUGUCAUGCCGGCUCAUAUGUUCAGUUCUAUGACGGACGGGACAGGAGCUCGCCUCCCCUCGGGCCCCCUCUUUGUGGGAAGAGCCCGCCCCGGCCAGUGCUGUCCACAGGAAACUACCUGACCCUGAGGCUGGUGACCCGGGGGACUCAGCCCAGAGUCGACUUUGUGGGGGACUUCACCUCCUUCAGACUGGGUAAGAAAAACACAGACCCCUACUUCACCUGCAGGAAUGGGAAGUGUAUCCCACUUAGUCUGGUAUGUGAUGAUAAAGGAAUUGACAACUGUGGGGAUGGAAGUGACCUGGAAGAAAACCUCACCACCGGCUGCAAAGCAGGUCAGCUUUUACCUCCCGAACCUCCACCGCCAAUAGCAACCCCACCCCCACCUUUGGUGAAUCCACCCACAGUGCCACUUCCUGUACAUAUGAACUGUGGUAUGCCAGACAGCAGCCCCAGCCAUGAAUCAGUAACAGACUCCCCGGCCUCCCUGUCUCUGUUGGUUCUCUACAUUGUCCUGGCCGUGGUGGCGGGCGGUGCAGCGCUAUGCUGGUGCUGCUGGUCUCCCGGCUGGUUCCUGUGGCGCGUCAGCAUCUGUCGCUUCUUACCCUGCUGCAACUUGCCCUGUGCCUCCUGCCAGCUCUGCACCCGCAGCUGCAUCCACAGCAAAGAGCACCGACUGGCAAAGGUCACGCCGCACACGCCUGUCAACGGGACGCCGACGGGCACGGCAGCCGCCGCCAACAGUGCUGAUGAAAAUGUUUCCGCGGCGGCUCUUUAGAGCAGAAGGACAUGGACGCAACAAGGCUGAACUGUGAUCAGUGGUGGACCGUGAGCAGUCACUGCAUUAGGCAGUGUAACAUGACCAAGAAUCUUUUUAGUGCAGCUUGGACUGAUGUGGUCCAGUACGCCAUGCUGGUUAAACUGUGGUUCAUGUGCUUUAAAUGUGAUGAUGCAGGUGAUGAGACUGCUGUGUUGUUAUAAGAAGGUGGAGCAGGGUACCGUGUGACUAUGGAUUGUAUGAACAUAUGAAUGU